AUGUUUGCCCAAGCCAACCUCCUCUUGGCACUUGCUGCCAGCGCUACUGCGCACAUGAUUAUGGACUACCCAGUCCCUUACGGAAAGGCUACCCUCAACAGCUCUCCUCUCGCACCUGGCGACUUCCCAUGCAAACAACGCACCGGUGUCUACGACGUUACUGAAAUGAACCAGUGGAAUGCUGGCGAGACCAAGACCAUCUCUUUCACCGGCUCUGCUGUCCACGGUGGUGGAUCCUGCCAAUUCUCCAUCACUACUGAUCCUAAGCCUUCGGAGAGCUCGCAAUGGAAGGUCAUUCAGAGUGUCGUCGGUGGCUGCCCAUCGAACGUCACAGGCAAUCUCACGCCCGCUGACCCCAACGGUCACGGAGCCGCUACUUUCCCUGUGCAGAUGCCUGACAGCAUUCCUGACGGCCAGUACACUUUCGCCUGGACCUGGCUUAACAAGAUCGGUAACCGCGAAUUCUACAUGAACUGUGCUCCGAUCCAGGUCGGCAGCGGAUCCGGUGGUGCUUCCACAAAGAGCAGUGCGUCUGCGCUUUCCGCCCUUCCGGACAUGUUCGUCGCCAACUUGCCUGAUACCUCCUGCAGCACUGCUGAGGGUGAGGACUUCAACUACCCCAACCCUGGCCAGAACCUCGUCGAGGGCAACGGUGCCUCGCUCGGAGACACGCUCACUGGUUCUGGAUGCGACCAGAUGACCAAGAUGGGCGCUGGUAACGGACAAAUGGGGUCCCCUACUCAACCUGAAGCUUCGCAACCCGCAGCCAGUGAAGCCCCUGCUGCCACCUCUGGUUACGCCGCACCGCCUGCAUCUAGCGAGGCCCCUGCUGCUACUUCUGGAUACGCUGCUCUCCCCUCUAACGGUGGUGGUGUCUUCGCUCCUGGUGCUUCCUCUGCCCCUGCUGCUGAGCCCACUGCCCCUGCAGCUGCACCUACCCAACCGAGCAGCGUUCCCGAGCAGCCAGCCUACAGCGCAGCGCCUCAGGUCCCCGACAACAGCACUCCCAGUGCCCCCGCCAGCGGCAGUGACUGCACUCCUUGCGACAAUGAUGGCGCUGUUGUCUGCAUUGGCGAGAACCAAUUCGGCCUUUGCAACCGCGGAUGUGCCGUGCCUCAAGCUCUUGCCAACGGCAUGUCUUGCUCUGCCGGAGCUGUCGUUGCGUCCGCUUCCCUCAAGCGAUCACCCAAGUUCCCUCGCGCCCACCUCCACCGCCGCCACGGCUCGUCUCUCUUCGUCUAA